UUGAUUUCGAGAGUAUAUAAUUCAGUUCAAGGCACAUAAUAUCUAACAAGCCAGCAGCCCUCUAUGGUAGAAACUAUAUUCUGGGUGACGAAGAAAAGCAAUGGUAUUUACCUCGUUGUUAUGUAAAGCUUUGCGUUGGAGACUUUGCAGGUAGACCAACAGUGUUCUUUAAACCAACAACUGGAAAUCCAGUGCUCAGAACUCACAGCCGCCAUGCAAACAUUUACAACAGAGAAUAUCCAGCUUCAAGACCAACAUGAGCAAGAAAUCAAGGGAAGUGCUUCGAGCUGACCACUCAGCAUGUCAGAAGAAGGCAAUACAUGCAGAACAGAAAACGGCCACACAGAGGGAGUUGCAGGAGUCAACUAUUGCCCGUCGGAGCAGUGACCUGGACUCAGCCCUGAAAGAAAAAAUCCGUUUAGAGAAUGAGAGGGAUUCAUUACAAGCUAAGUCUACGAGCUGCAUUGCCAAGACAAGAAGAUCUCCGCAGGGGCAACUCUCAAUCCACAACCACUGCAAGCGCAACUAUACUUACAGGUGUCUAUAAAGGAAAUUCUAAUCGUUAUUUAAUAAGCAGUGUCACCAUGCAAACUGUUGACAUCAUCAUCAUGCAGUGUUCAUGGGAUCAUGGGACAAUGUUUUUGGUGGCUUGGUGAUGCCAGGGGAGGGGUUGUGGUGCAGACACAAUUCUGUGGAUUUCUGCAUGUAGU